GGCCCAUCCUCGCCGCUUUCACUUUACUACAUCACCUGCUUUUUUCCAACCCAUCACAUCUACCCCAGCGAUUACCUACAGCCAUCCUUUGGACCGCGCACGUGUAUACAUCAAAACCCGUCGCCAAGAUAUGAGUCGAGUCGGCAAGCUUGCCCCGGAGGUCAACCGAGCUUUAUUCGUAAAGAAUCUAAGCUACAACGUAACUCCUGAAGAGCUGUUCGACCUCUUUGGGAAGUUCGGGCCCAUCCGCCAAGUGCGACAGGGCAUUGCAUCGAACACCAAGGGAACCGCCUUCGUUGUCUAUGAAGAUGUAAUGGAUGCCAAGCAAGCCUGUGACAAGCUCAACGGUUUCAACUUCCAGAAUCGCUAUCUCGUUGUACUAUAUCACCAGCCCGAGAAGAUGGCCAGGUCAAAAGAGGACCUCGAGGCCCGCAAGGAGAAUUUAGCUCAGCUCAAGAAGCAGCACGGCAUCGAUUGACAAUUCGACGGGCCUGCUGGCGCCUCGCAGACUUCGAAAACUCGGCAGUCUGCAGGUCCGUCUUCACAAUCACCUAAAUCGCCCGUCGGAUCGCCGUCAUCAUCUUCAAAGUCUCUAGGACUGGUGACUAAAGAUCUUGCGGGCAGCAAAGCAGCGUCGCCCAAGCAGGGCAGACCUCCAAUGGCCGCAGGGCGUACCUCACGAAGCCCAGUGUCCUAUUUUGCGCGGAAGUUUCUUCCGACUGUACAGGAAUGCGCCUAGCUCAAUCCUGCAAAUGACCUGGCUUACGUACAUGGCCAUUGACUUUUAUGCGCGGUUCUUGAUGAUACUAGGAUCGACCGCAAUGCGAGAUGUCAUUUUUGUUUUUCUAUCACUGCGAUGGGCGUGUCCUCAACUACACUGUUGGGGACUAUGGAUACAGAUCAAGCCUAGCUCUCGUGGAAACAAAUCAUUACUUAAACUCUGUUUCUACAGGGUGUGUACUUAUUUACGAUUUCGGGCUUUGUGUCAUUUCAUACCGAGACUUGUAGGCUCACUCGUUGUUUGUCCUUUCUCUCACUCUCUCCGGUUCUUCUCUUGUGCGUUCAUGUGUACAAUGAAAUCAAAAAACUAUGUCUUAGUACAGAGACGUUGUCACCAUCUAUGCCCCUUGCUCAGUUCUUCAACUUGUCGGCGGGAGGGGGAAAAAAAAGGUGUUGCUUUUUGUCUGGUCACACGGAAGAUGAAAAUCCAAGACGUUGGGAUGGUGGCUCAGGAAUGUCUCAAUAAUCAGUUAAGACUUGGCUGCCACAGGGUAUAUUAUUGAGAGACAAAGUUUGCCAACUUCUGAAACCAGCAAAUCGACUUGGCCUUCCAACAGCACAUACAAACAAAGUUGCUGUCGGACUCUGGCGAUCCAAUGAAGAUGGUAUGUUAUGGAGAUUGAAUGAGUUAUUGUUAAGUUCUGCCAAGGACCCCGUACAGGCGACGAAUCGUCCGAAGCCCAGCACGUCAUUUUAGCUUUUUGGCUUUUGUUCCCGGUGCUAAAUCAAUUAAAACUCGAUCGCUAUGCCUAAAGUGUUAAC